CCCAUCACGCCAAAGACUCAGUCAAACUCACUCCCUCACAUAUAGAGAGAGAGAGAGAAAAAGGCGAUUUGGGUUUGUUAGGGUUUUCUCUUCUUUUGUGAGAGAAACACACACACAGAGAGAGAAAAAGCAAGCAAAGAAAAGAUCUAAGCAAUGGGUGAGAGGCUGAGCGGAACGGUGAAGUGGUUCAAUGACCAGAAGGGGUUCGGUUUCAUAACCCCCAACGACGGCGGCGAGGACCUCUUCGUCCACCAAUCCUCCAUCAGAUCCGACGGUUUCCGCAGCCUCGGCGAGGGUGAGACCGUCGAGUACCAGAUCGAGUCUGGAAACGACGGCCGCACCAAGGCCGUCGACGUCACCGGUCCCAACGAGGGUCCGGUCCAGGGCUCGCGUGGCGGAGGCGGCGGUGGAGCUGGAGGAGGAGGAGGCGGGAGAAGCUCUCGCGGUGGAGGGGGAUAUGGAGGCGGUGGGAGAUCUGGAGGCGGACGUGGCGGUGGCGGUGGAGGUUACGGAGGCGGCGGCUACGGCGGUGGUGGUUACGGAGGAGGCAGCUAUGGUGGUGGUGGCGGUGGGUACGGAGGCGGUGGCGGUGGAGGAGGGAGUUGUUACAAGUGUGGGGAGAGCGGUCACUUUGCUAGGGAUUGUUAUCAGUCUGGAGGAGGAAACAGCGGCGGAGGCGGCGGCGGCGGUGGCGGUUGCUACAACUGCGGUGGAACUGGGCAUUUCGCUAGGGAGUGUCCUAACAGCAGUAAUCGUUGAUUUCAUUCAACUGUAUGGGGGUGGUUUUGAAAAAAAAGAAAAAGCAAAAAAAAAGCAGUGUCGUUUUGGGGUCUAUGUUUGUCGUUUUAAUGGGACUUUGUAAUGUUCGUUUGCUUGGAUUUUGGAUUAGGUCCAUUUAGGAUUUAAGAAGUAUUUGGGUAUUGCUGGUUAAUUUUGGCUUUUUGAAAUAUGGAUGCUUUGCUUAAUGUUGUGUUUUUGAUAUUAUCAGUGGUAUGGUUAGUGUGAGUUUAGAAUGCUCAUUUUCAAGUUUCUAUACACACAUUAUAUGAAUACAUGCCGGCUUUAUUAGACUAAA